CUCAGAUCGGCGGUGACAGCAGCAGCAGUCGGUCCCCCAUUGAGAGCUCAGUCUCAUCUGCUGCGCUCCGAGAUGGCGUCUCUCCUGCAGCCGGAAAAAGUUGUGUAUCUGGUCCGUGGAGAGAAACGGAUCCGGGCUCCUUUAUCUCAACUCUACUUCUGUCGCUACUGCAGCGAGCUGCGGUCUCUGGAGUGUGUGUCUCACGAGGUGGACUCCCACUAUUGUCCCAGCUGUCUGGAGAACAUGCCCUCUGCAGAGGCGAAACUUAAAAAGAACAGGUGUGUCAAUUGUUUCGACUGCCCAUGCUGCAUGCACACACUGUCCACCCGGGCCACCAACAUCCCGGCUCCUCUGCCUGAUGAUCCCACCAAGACAGCCAUGAAGAAGGCCUACUAUCUGGCCUGCGGUUUCUGUCGCUGGACCUCCAGGGAUGUGGGAAUGGCUGACAAAUCAGUCGCCAGCGGUGGAUGGCAGGAACCAGAGAACUCUCAUACUCAGCGGAUCAACAAGCUGAUCGAGUAUUACCAGCAGCUGGCUCACAGAGAGAAGCAAGAGAGAGACAGGAAGAAGUUGGCCAGGAGACGACAGUGCAUGCCACUGGCAUUCUCGCAACACACUAUUCAUGUGGUGGAAAAAUAUGGCCUUGGAACCCGACUGCAGAGGCAGAGGUCUGGAGCUCCCAUCUCAAGCCUGGCAGGCCUUUCCCUUAAAGAGGGUGAGGACCAGAAGGAGAUCACUAUUGAACCUGCCCAGGCCCUUGAUGAAGUGGAGCCCCUGCCUGAAGACUGCUACACCAGGCCCAUCAGUUUACCGGAGGUGACCACGCUGCGGCAGCGGCUCCUGCAGCCUGACUUCCAGCCAGCAGGCGCGUCUCAGCUCCACCCCCGACACAAACACCUCCUGAUGAAGCGCUCACUGCGCUGCAGGAAAUGUGAGCACAAUUUGAGCAAGCCAGAGUUUAAUCCUACUUCAAUCAAGUUUAAGAUUCAGCUGGUGGCUGUGAGUUAUAUCCCUGAAGUGAGAAUUAUGUCCAUUCCAAAUCUCCGGUUCGUGAAGGAGAGCCAAGUGCUGCUGACUCUGACCAACCCAGUAGAGAACAUCACCCACGUCUCAUUGACCGCUUGUGAGGAGGAAGAUCCUGAUGACAUCAACAGCACUGCCAAGGUCAUGGUUCCCAGCAAGGAGCUGGUGUUGGCAGGGAAAGAUGCUGCUGCUGAGUACGAUGAACUGGCUGAACCUCAAGACUUCCAGGACGACCCAGAUGUUGUUGCCUUCAGGAAAUCCAACAAGAUUGGUUUCUUCAUCAAAGUGAUCCCCCAGAAGGAAGACGAUGGGGAUGUCGUCGUCUCAUUUAAGAUCAGACACGACUUCCGCAACCUCGCCGCUCCCAUCAGGCCAAGCGAGGAGGGAGGCGACAGCACCCCCGACGCCACUUGGCUCACACACCACGUCGAGCUGAGGCUGGGACCCCUCGCUCCCUGAACGUCAAUACUCCAUUUACUCUCAAUCAGUCCCACAGUCAUAGUGUUGGGUUCUUUUGAGCCGGUUUCUUUAAGAUGUGGGAUUUCAUUAAUUUUAAAGUGAUUUCUGAUUCUGCUCAUCGGUGUGUGAGAGCAGUAAGAGAUCUACUUGGCAGGCUCAGAGUUCUCUUGUUUUAUCCCAAGUUGCAUCAUCAGAUACAUUGUGGAACUUUCAGUGUAUAAAACUACAUGAAAUAAUGGCUGACUGCAGACUGACCGAUACAACUUUUAGUUGGUUUCACAUUUGUUGUUUCUUUUGAAUGAUGCUAAAUGAAGAAAAGUGGUGAUGUGCUAUAUUUCAUCCUCUCAAUUUAAAUACUGAACCAUGUGUCAUUUAAAACUGUUUUAGUUUUACUGUGUUUAUUUACAGGAAGCAAAAGCUUAUAUCUACAGUGCAUGUAAUUAUUUAUAAAUGUUAAGUUGUUUUGAUUAAUGAAUAUAUAAAAGGAUUUAUCACUGUUACAUCCAGUAACAGUCUUUUCUUAAGUGGCAAAACAACUUCUAGCUCCCAGCAUCUGUAUUUGCACUUAACGUACAUUGAAUGCAUUAACAGCUAUGUUGAAAGGUGAGAGUGGCCAUACGUUAAUAUAAUGAGAUUAUAGAAACGGGAGAGAAUAACUAAGUGGAGUCCUUGAGCAGAAUCAGAAACCAUAUCUGACAACGAUCUGAACAACACACACACACACACACACACACACACACCUGUGCUUUUAGCUUGUGUAUCCUUGUCAAUAUCAUUUUCUGCAGUAGCAUCAUAUAAACGUGCAUGCUUCAGCUAUAGUAAACAUCACACACAUAAAACCAGGUCAUCACAAGUUUUGAUCCUGUACUUCUUUCCCAUCUGACCAUCUUGGUUGGAAGGUGACACCUGCCCCAUAGUUUUACUCUUGUCAGAACUUGCACAGACGAUGUAUAAGGAAGCUCUGUAAAUUACAGUGUUAUGAUUUUCACGUGUUGAGACACUAUCACCAUACCUGAUCUAAAGACGUAUCUGUUUUGUUUUCCAGGCAUCACUGACCUCUCUCAGUGUGUAUCGUAAUGCUGCUGUCAUUUCUGGUCUCUGGUGUGUAAACUUAGUAAAAACAAAGCAACACAGUUAAUCUUCUGUACCGGCUAAUAAAACCAUGUGAUACUGCAA